CAGAGCCCAUGGCCCUGCACGCUUCCCCGUCUCCCCAAGCCAGUGGCUUUGAGGAGGUCCUGGCCCAGGCGGGCAGCUUCGGCCCCUUCCAGAUCCGAAAUCUGCUGCUGCUGGCCCUGCCCCGCCUGCUCCUGCCACUCCACUUUCUGCUGCCCAUCUUCCUGGCAGCCGUGCCGCCCCAUCGCUGUGCCUUGCCGAGCCCCCGCCUCUUGGCCAACUUCUCCCAGGAGGCUUGGCUGCAGAUUCACUUGCCCCGCGAUCCUGAAGGGACCCUCAGCUCCUGCCAACGCUUCGCCCACUCUCUCUCCCCACCGCUGUCCUCCAACUCCUCUGUGGGAAAUGGAACGGGUGAGGAGGUGGGGGCCGGGCCAGAUGCCAGCGUGGAGCCCUGCCUGGAUGGCUGGGUCUACGAUCGCUCUCAGUUCUCCUCCACCAUCACCACCCAGUGGGACUUGGUGUGCGAUCGGAAGGGGUUGAACCAGAUCACGGUGACCUUGUUCUUCGUCGGCGUGCUGGUGGGCGCUGUGCUUUUUGGGUACCUGGCAGACAGGUUCGGCCGCAGGCCCCUGCUCCUGGUGGCCUACGUGGGCACUCUGGUCCUGGGCCUGACCUCUGCCGCCUCUAGCUCCUUUGCCAUGUUUGUUGUCACCCGCACCCUAACUGGGACCGCCCUGGCUGGCUUCACCAUUAUCGUCCUGCCUCUGGAGCUCGAGUGGCUAGGCGUGCAGCACCGGAUUGUGGCCGGGGGAAUCAGCAGCACCUUCUGGAGCUUGGGGGUGACCCUGCUGGCUCUGGUCGGGUACCUGAUCCGAGACUGGCGCUGGCUGCUGCUGGCAGUCACCCUGCCCUGUGCCCCGGGCAUCGUCAGCCUCUGGUGGGUGCCCGAGUCAUCCCGGUGGCUGUUGACCCAAGGCCGGGUGCGGGAGGCCCGGCACUACCUGCUCCGCUGUGCUGCUCUGAACCACAGAGACGGAGCUGCCCAGGCCCUCAGCAUGGAGGCCCUGGACAGGAUCGCAGUGGCAGAGAAGUCGAGGCACCGACCAUCCUACCUGGACUUGUUCCGCACUCCGCGCCUCAGGACCAUCUCCCUGCUCUGCAUGGUGGUGUGGUUCGGGGUGAACUUUUCCUACUACGGGCUGAGCUUGGACGUGGACGGCCUGGGGCUGGAUAUCUACCAGGUCCAACUGUUGUUUGGGGCCGUGGAGCUGCCAUCCAAGCUGCUGGUCUACCUGGCAGUGCGGCACGCCGGACGCCGCCCCACCCAGGCUGGAGCCCUGUUGGGCACAGCCAUCAGCUUGGGCACCAGCCUGCUGCUACCCCCUGGGAAAGGGACUUGGCGCUCGGCGGUGGCCGUGGUGGGGAAGGGGUUUUCAGAAGCUGCGUUCACCACCGCCUUCUUAUUCACCUCUGAACUCUACCCCACCGUGCUAAGGCAGAUGGGGAUGGGGCUGGUGUCCCUGGUUGGCCGGCUGGGGGGCUCACUGGCCCCGCUGGCCAUGCUGCUAGCCGAGGUGUGGGCUCCACUGCCCAAGGUGGCCUACGGCUUGGCUGCCCUGCUGGGCACUGGCAUGGCCCUGCUGCUGCCAGAGACGCGUCAGGCCCCACUGCCCGAGACCAUCCAGGACAUAGAGAGGAAGGGGCCAGCCCCUACUUCCCAGGAGGAGAUGGUGCAGAUGAAGCCACUUCAAGACUGAGGGAAGGGAGGCGGUACCGCCCUCCCCCCGGACCACAGCAUCCCUCCCCCGGCCCCCAGAUAGGGUCACCGAGCUGGGCCCUGGCUGUCCUCCCUACCCUUGCCGACCACCUCCCGGGAAUAAAGGAGACCUCAGGUC